UUAGAAGCUGACAGAUGCAUGAAAAUCAAUAAAAAUGAAGAACUCCGGUAUUGUGUGUUUAUUUUUUCUUGUUUCGAUAUCUGAAUCAAGAAAAGAACAUAUUUCACCUUAUUUAUAUAACCUUUUGAAUGAUCCAGAUGUAAUGGCUAAGUUAGAGAAGCGAUUUGGAUUCCCAGAAAACGACUUGCCGAGAGUCUCUGAUGUUCAUUCCCAGUGUCGUUUUCUCUCAGGAAGACUUAACGGAGAUUGUGACUUCAUUGCAAGAAAUGAAACAAUCAUAAAGACGGAAGAGUCAUUAGCAAAGGGAGCCAAAUUCUUACAGGAUGUCUCUAAUGUUAGCUGCCCCAGUGAAUGCACAGAACUUUGCUGUAAACAUGAAGAUUGUGACACUGCUGUUUACCAAGAUAAGGGAGAACACAACUGCUAUCUGUUUCAAUGCGGAGACUCAAGUGUUUGUGUAUUUGCUGACCACCAUGACUACUGGAUGAGCUCUAUAUCGAAAGAGGCUCAUAACUCCCACAGCUACACACCUGGUGGGGCUACACACAGCCAUGAAAACGAGCUGAACAAUCUUCACUCAGAAGAUGACGAUUCUUUGAAUGUUCGGUUCCCAGCACCACUAAAACCUAAGGAAUCUGUAUCCACCACAACAACAGAACAAACAACAAUAACAACCCAGACAGACCUUCCACCUAAAGCAACAGUGGCCUCUUCAAGACCAGGUCUGGGAGAGUACUGUGAGUCAUAUGAGACGGAAUGUACGGACCCGCAUGCUGAAUGCCUGCUGCAGACCUGCAGAUGUCGUGUCGGAUACCACCAGAAACAUGGAAUCUGUCGUAAACAUUGCAAACACGAAGAGUUUGAGUGUGAAAACAUUGUGUAUGGCUCAGACUCGCGGCAAUGUGUGCCAGAACGCUACGUGUGUGACGAACAACAGGACUGCAUUGAUGGCUCUGAUGAACUAGAUUGUGUGGACCAAAGCAAGCAAGGUAAAGCAGAUGACAUGAGUUACAAGGACGCAGAGGAACCAUCAAAAUCAAAAGGCUCUCCUAAUGUUAAUGGGCCGGCUGACAAACCCUCAGUUCAAAAUACUCCAAGUGUGACAGUUCCAGUUGCUGAACCAACCCCUGCCCCCACUCAGAAACAAGAUCCAGAAGCAAACAAAGCUGGAACCACGUCGACUGAAACACCGAAAACUGUUUCAUCUGCCACAGGUUUAAGCACAUCUAAACAGGUUGAGAAAGAUUCUAAAAAUAGUAUCACAGAAUCUAAAAAUAGUAUCACAGAAUCUAAAAAUAGCAACACAGUAUCUAAAAAUAGCAAUACAGAAUCUAAAAAUACUGACACAGGUUCUAUGAAAAUUGAGAGCAGUAAUAAGAACCCCGAUCAAAACUCUAAAAACAGUGGCUCAGCCGGUAAAAAUAGCAACUCAUCAUCUGCAAAUGUGUCUGAUGAAAAUGGUGUUUCCUAUCAUAUACUGAAUAGUGGUAUGGUCAAAGUUGAGUCAUUCACAGAUGGGUCUCUAGGUCCAGUGGUGGCACUGUCCCUGGGGUUGGCUAUCACACUCAUGUUGCUGAUAUUUGUGGGCUGUAGGCUUCGUACAGUGAAGCGCAGGCUGCGCAAGGGUCGGGCCCUUCAUUCAAACGAGGCUGAUUACCUCAUUAACGGCAUGUACCUUUAAUUUAUAGAGAGCUUUUUUACAAAAAAUAAUUUGGGUAAAAAUAGGAUCUAUGAUGGCAUUAUGUUUCAUUGAGUUUCUUUUUUGGUUCACAAAUAUAUAUUGAAGUUUAUUAAUGCCUAAAGGUUAGACUCUUAUUCAAACGAAUAUGCUUAUCUUAUUAAUGUCAUGUACAUUAAACUUGAGAGCUUUUUUUUCCGAAAAGAAAUGUUUUGGGUAAAAAUAGGAUCUAUGAUUACAUUAUGUUAUAUAUUUUGUUUCUUGUUUGUAUUAAACAUAUAGAAGUCAUUGAAUGUUGUCAAUCGCAAAGGUGGAGCCCUCCAGCCAAACAAGGCUGAUUUUCUCAUGAACCCAUAUGCCUUUAAUUCGGUUACAGCCUUUUUUUAGAUUAAAUAAUUUUCAUUAAAAUGAGAUCCAUGUUGACAUAAUGUUCUAUUUUUAUCCAAGUUUGUAUGUGAGUGUUUCUUGUAAGUUAUUGAAGUAACUUUAGCUGGUGACAUUUUCUGUUUCAUAUUAAUGUGUUGUUAUUUUUUGGUUUGAUAAUUACCUUGAAUACUCGCGUCUUUAUUCGGACUCUCUGCAAAUGAAAAAAUUAAAAAGACCGUUUUCAAAUUUAGAUUCAAGUAAACAAAAAGUUAACAAUUAAAAAAGUAUUGUUUGAGUGUUUACCAAAACUGACCAACAUAUUGCUGUUAAUGUUUUUAUUAAUAAUAUAACAUUUUGCCAUUUUUAGUUAAUGACUUAUUGAACUAAAAGUUAUUUUCUGACGUAGUUUAUCUCUUCUGGAAAGGUUUUUUGAAAGUGAAAUGAUGCCUCCUUUUUUAAUAGCUCAUGAUGAAUCUCAUCAGAUAUAUCUUUAUGAAAAUUAUUCUGAUAUAUGAUUUUUUUAGAAAAAAACUAAAAAACAUCAAUAAAUGAAUGUUACUUAUUUACAUUUUAAGUUCUUUGGAAUUUUUAAAUCUGGCAUGCAUAUUAGCAUUUAUCAUUUUAUAUUAUAUGUCUUGUCAUAUGGAAGAAAUUUAUAAAUACUGAUAUUUUGUAUCUCUGUUACGAUAUUAUUCCAAAGAUAAUUAAUGCAUUGUUUUUUUUUUGUAUUUAUUUAUUGUUAUGCCUUAUCAUCCAAAACAGUACAGAUAUUCUUUGAACAUCAAAUCUUAUUUAUUGGAUUUCUCUGUGUGCUAUGAACAAUUUGUUUAAAGAAUUUUGAUUAUUUAAUUAUUUAUGUUGUUAUUUGGUUAUUAAUAUGGUUAAAGUGUUAUUUUGCUGUAAGUUAGACAACCAUCACUGUAUAUCAGUGCAGUCCUGAGUAAGAAUCUAAAGAUAUUGUAGAAAUUAUGUGUCCUUAUUUAGAAUGUGUAAAAUUAAUUUAGAAUAGAAAAAGGUAUUAAUAUUUGGGUGUAUUUGUGUUAAAAAAAAACAACAAUUUAAUUAUCCAGCAAAAUACAUGGAUUCAGAGGAAAUUCUCUGUAAAUUUAGCUUAAGUUAGAGUUAUGAGUAAUGUUAUACUUACAAAUAAAGAAAGCAAUUUUUUGCACAAGUUUUGGUACCACCGUAUUGAAUAUCAAGGGCUGAGAUGAUAAGAUUGUGUUUUUUUAUACAUUUAUUUAAACAUUUAUACAUAGCUCUGUGCAAUCUCACACAACAUGACGCUUAGUUAUGAAUGGGACCAAUAAGUUGUCAUUCAUUUUUUACAUUACAAUUAAUUUAUACAUUUCUUUUACUGUAUUUCACAUUCCACUAUAUUAUGUAUAUAACCUAUACAAUGUAUUGCUCUGAAACCUUUACCUUGCGCUGACCUUUAUGCAUACAGUAAUUUAAAUAGAAAAUAAUAAGUCCCCUUAAUGGAAUCAAAGAGAGUCUACUUGAAAAUACUGUUAUCUUAUCAUAACAAACAUGAGACAGAUAAACAAAAACAAAGCAAUUUGCAAAUAAAAUAAACCAGUCAGACAUGUAAGUGAGGUGCAUUCUCAAGUUCAAAAAUCCAAGAGAGUCCGCUCAAUGUGUCAGAGGUUAAAAACUUUUUUUUUAAUGUUGGAAAGCAUCAACAGCUGAGUUGUACAGAUCUGUCGUAGUCUUAGUCAUGUUUGUUAGGGAGUUACUUUUUAAACGUGAACAUGUACACAAAAUGGUUGUGAAUAACUAUGAUUGUCUUUUCUGUGUUGUGAAAUCGUCUGCGAUAUUUUAAUCAAAGUUUCUUUUCAAAUUUGUUUCUGUUGUUGGUUAAAAUUGCUUUUCCUAUUUGACAUUCUAAUGUUUGAACGAUUCAUAAGGAGUUGUAUGAAUUUUGUCAUUCGAAAAUGGGUUUAAAGCCAUAUGCAAACAGAGUAGCUGAAGAUCAGCCUGCGCAUUCACACAGUCUGGUCAAGAGGUACCCUGUUGGCUCAUGAGACCAUAAAACCGUACAUGACUUUAUAAUGGACAGAGUAGCUUCAGGCCAGACUGAAGGCGUACACAGACUGGUCUGGAGCUACGCUAAUUGCAUAUGGUAUAAGACCUAUUAUCGCAAGACAUAGUUCAUAUGUUUUUGUUAUCAGAAUUGAGGUGAAAUAUUUAUCAUGAGGAAGAUCCAGAGAGAUCAUAAUUCAAAUAUGGGCAUUGAUAUGCUUUUGUAGACAACACUGGUUAAAGUUUAAAACCAUACUUAAGUGAUUAAAGAACAAGUGAGAAAGUUGUCUUUUAUUGUGUGGAAUCCAGUUUGGUUUUGUUACGCUGUGCAAAUGUAUGUACAUUAAAUUACUAUUUGAUCUUAUGUUUUCGAUAGACUGUAAGACUAUGUUUGUAUGAUAUUUAUUGUACUUGUUUGCUUCAAACAGUUGGUUUGAAUUAACAAUGAUAUUAACAGUGAUGUUCAGAAAGUUCUAUUUGUCAGUGACAACUGGUUAUCUUCAAUGUUUGGGUGCAGUUACCAAACCAUCAUAUGAAAAUCUUAAAUCAGGAAAUUGUGUAUAACGAUGCAGGAAGAAAUGUCAUUUUAAAAGGAAAUUUAUAUUAAAAUGGAAAUGUUAAUUUCCAGAGAUCAGCAUACAUUGGUCAGACUUCAGCAAAACAAUCCAAUAUAUUAAGGUUUCAAAAAUAAAAGAUGACUGUAUUUACAAUGUUUUUGUUUUUGAAAGUAUAAUAAUAAAAAAAAUAAUAAUAUACUGUUAUGUAUAUUUCUUAUUUUUGUACUACCAUGUAUUAUAAUGUUACGCAUUUUUAAAAGCAUGUUGUUAAUGUUAUGACGUUUAUAUACCUCUUUUUGGGGAUAUGUAAAUACUUGCAAAUAAUAUUGAUGUAGAUUUUCAUUCAUAAUGAGCCGUGUCAUGAAAAAUGGGUCUUAUAACAUAGUGUGCGUCUUGGUCAGGAGCUAAUAAGACCACAAACUUUGUGUGAUUUUAUAGCGGACGAGCUAGCUCCUGAUCAGACUGCACGAAUGCACAGGGUGGUUUUGAACAAGACUGGCCCCUUGUGGCUUAAGACCCAUUUUGGCAUGACGCUGUACAUAUGUUGAGUAUUUAAGCCUCUUACAACAUUACCAAUCAGUAACUCUUGAAGAGCACUUGUGCAUGUUUGCUUACAUGAUGUAAAUGCACUGCUAGGUAUAAUUUGUCAACUUUUCUAUGAUGUGUAUGCACUGCUAGGUAUAAUUUGACAACUUUUCUAUGAUGUGUAUGCACUGCUAGAUUUAAUUUGUCAACUUUUUUAUGAUGUAUAUGCACUGCUAGAUAUAAUUUCUCAACUUUUCUAUGAUGUGUAUGCACUGCUAGGUUCAAUUUCUCAACUUUUCUUCAGCAUGUUUUGAUGUACAUUUUUAGCCCACUUCAGCACUAUGUGGUCAGGAUGAGCUAUUGGGGUACCAUGAUCCAUCCUUUAUAUGGGUGUGUAUGUCAUGUAUAUAGUGAAACCAAAAAUAUCUCAUUCGCUGCAAAUUGGCAAAGCCCUGAGGUUUUGUAUUUGUUAUGUGGCAUCAUUUAGUGGUCCUUUUAUAAAUAAUUUUCAAUUAUGUCCCUGGGGGUCACAAUUACAUUGUUUUUUAUAUGUAAAAUGUCAAAAUUUGGACAUCUCUGAAAUCACAAGACCUAGAAGUUUGCAUCUGGUAGAGAGGUCCUUUACCAACUUUGUUAAAAUCUUGCCAUAAAGCUGGACAAGACCCAAGGAUCACCCGUUUAUAACACAAAUUUACAUAGGAGAAAAAAACUUAAAAUCUUCUUGUAUGAAAUUGCAAAGCACAAGGCUUACAUAUUUGGUAUGUACCAUCAUCUAGAGUUUUUCUACAAAGUGUGCUCAAAUUAUGCCUCACAUUUGGUAUCAUUUUUGUCGAGAGUUGACUACAAACUGUUUGUUACAACUUUGCCUGUGGGACCAGAUAUGUUCAAAGUAUGAACCUGUUGCAAAAGUAGCCCCAAACCAGGGGUCUCAUGUAUUGUACUUCUGAGUUACAGUUUCAGAGGUGAACGUUCAAGGAUACUCAAGUCCUCUUGGUUGUGCAUUUAGUAAUAUGUAUUCUUAUUGUUUUGUGGCUUUUUCAUGUAGAACAAUCUUUUUCACCAUUUCCAUACAAUUUUGUCCUAUUUCUUUUCUAUGAUAAUUCCAGCUGUUUGAAUUCCAAAGGUACAGAAUUCCAAAAUAUUAUACUUGUGAAGAAAUUCAUUUGAAACCUUAUUGUCUUAUGCAUGGAACAGCUGUCUUGUAUGUGAGGUAGUAGUAGUAGGAGCUCUUCUUUUAAAUUAAAAUCAUGUGAACCAAGAAGCUUAAACUUAAGUUGUUUUAAAUGUAUAGGUUUUGUGCAAUGGAAUUUAGUUUAGUUAAACAUUUAUGUACUGUUACAUGGUGUCAUUAAGUUUUUGUUUAUUUUAUUAUUUGUUUGGUUUAAAGUGUAACAACUAUUUUGUUCUUUAUUUCUUUAAGCUGUUAAGUGUGGAAACUACCACAAAUGUAUGUGUGGAAACAUUUACAAGUACAAUAGCUUUUAGCUUUUUGUAUGAUUUUACUAUCAUGCUAUUUUUUUUCAACAUUUCUGUUAGCAAACUAACGGAAACAGACUAAUUUCUGAAUUUGCAUCACUAAUAAAAUUUGAUACAAACA